AUGGAGCCGGCCCGGGAGCCCCCCGCGCGAACCCGGCCGCCGCCGCCCCCCGCCGCCCGCCCCGCGCCCGCCCCCGCCGCGCCCAGGCCGCGCUCGCCCGCCGAGGCGGAGGGCCGCGGUCCCGAGGGGCUGCUGCGGCGAUCCGGGUCGGGCUACGAGGGCAGCACCAGCUGGAAAGCGGCCUUGGAGGCUUCCAAGGGCUGCAUCAAGUGUGAAGCGCCCUGCCCGGAGGACUGGCUGCUCUAUGGAAGGAAAUGCUACUUCUUUUCUGAGGAACCGAGAGACUGGAACACGGGCAGGCAGUACUGCCAAAGCCAUGAGGCGGCGCUGGCUGUAAUCCAGAGCCAGAAGGAGCUGGAAUUCAUGUUCAAGUUCACACGGAGGGAGCCCUGGAUUGGCCUGCGCAGAGUGGGGGACGAAUUCCACUGGGUCAAUGGGGACCCGUUUGACCCGGACACAUUCCCCAUCUCAGGCCCAGGGGAGUGUGUCUUCGUGGAGCCCACUAGGCUGGUUUCGACAGAGUGUCUGAUGACCCGGCCCUGGGUGUGCAGCAAGAUGGCCUACACGUGAGGUGGGUCGGGCCAGAGGUGGCCCUCCAGCCAGGCUGCAAGACCUGCCAGCCCCGGGCUCCUCUCCAAGGCAAAGCAGUGAGGAGGUGCCC